UGGAUUGGAAUCGAACUGCUGUUCUUUCCAUGUGUUUGUUUUGACUCUUUCACAUGUGUGUUUGUCAACUAAUGUGUUUGUUUUGACUCUUUCACAUGUGUGUUUGUCAACUAAUGUGUUUGUUUUGACUCUUUCACAUGUGCGUUUGUCACCUAAUGUCUUCACCGGAGGAUUUAGUUAAGCAGUGGGAAAGCGAGCAGGACCGUCUCAGACAGCAAGUAGUGGAGGAGGACACCCAAGCCUGGCAGAAGAACCUGGACUUCUCAGGCCUGGAGCGGGUGGGUGGACUGGACCUCUCCUUCAUCAAAGGUGACGACAUCAACGCCUGUGCCCAGCUUGUGGUGCUCAGCUACCCAGAUCUGGAGGUGCUGUAUGAAGACACUCAGAUGGUGACCCUGACAGCACCGUACAUCGCAGGCUUCCUGGCCUUCCGGGAAACACCUUUUGUCUUGGAUGCGCUGCAGCGGCUAGAAAGGGACAAACCCGCUCUUCUGCCUCAGGUGGUGUUUGUGGACGGCAAUGGUCUCCUUCACUACAGAGAAUUCGGACUGGCAUGCCAUUUGGGGGUGAAGUCAGGGCUACCGUGUGUGGGCGUUGCUAAGAACCUGCUCCAGGUCCAGGGUAUAUACAAAAGUGAGGAACACCAGUCUCAGAUAGCUGCCCUGCAGAAAGGAGGAGACAGCUUUCCACUCAUUGCAACCUCAGGAAAAGUGCUCGGAAAGGCGCUGCGUAGUUCGGACAAGAGCACAAAGCCGGUAUAUGUGUCAGUCGGCCAUAAGAUCAGUCUGGAUACAGCUGUGCGCCUCACACACGCCUGUUGUCGCUUCCGAGUCCCAGAGCCAAUCAGACAGGCCGACUGUCGCUCCAGAGAAUAUCUUCGCUCUCACUUCCCCGCUGCACAAACAGGACACCCAGAACAAGGAACUGGAUGAUGCUGCAAAACAACUCUGAAACUUUUAAAGAUCAGCAACUUGAGGUGUGUGUGCGUGUGUGUGUGUGUGUGUGUGUGUGUGUGUGUGUGUGUGUGUGUGUGUGUGUGUGUGUGUGUGUGUGUGUGUGUGUGUGUGUGUGUGUGUGUGCAUGUUUUUAUGUUUUUACCUGAGAUAUCGCUCAUAUCACUCUGCAGUUUUCCCUGUAGAAAGCAGGCAAAAGUCCAUGUGUGUACAAGCUGAUGUGUGUGUGCAUGUGUGUGUGUGCGCGUGUGUGUGUGUGUGUGUGUGUGUGUGUGUGUGUGUGUGUGUGUGUGUGUGUGUGUGCGUGUGUGUGUGUGUUCUUGUAUUUCUACCCUUCUUGAGACAUCAACAAGGCAAGGGACCGUAUGAGGAGGUGUGAACAAGUGAUGACAUAAAUCAUGGUCCCAAUACGGAAAACCAUUGCAUCUAAUAGAGAAUGUCUCAUUUGCACCCCUGGUGGUGAAAUCUAUCACAAUUAGGGUGGUCCCAAAAAGGAGGGAUUUUUCAAAUUGACUGUGUUUUAAAAGUGCUCCCCCUCUGGUAAACAUAUGAAAUAACAAGUGUGUGUAAACAUUUGAAGUGCUCCCCCUCUGGCCAACAUAUGUAAGCUUACCUAUAUAUAUAUAUAUAUAU